GAGGUUAAUCUACAAAUAUUACGUGGUAGAGAUGGUCGUGAUGGAGUACCAGGAAGAGAUGGAGUGAAAGGAGAGAGAGGAGAUAAGGGAGAGAAAGGAGAGAAAGGUGAAACUGGACCUGUAGGACAAGCUGGUCCUAGAAGUGGAGGAGUAGUGUACACUCGUUGGGGAAGGAAGUCCUGUCCUACUGGAGCUGAACUACUGUAUGAGGGAAUAACUGGAGGUAGUCAUUAUACUCAUAUAGGAGGAGGAGCUAACUAUGUCUGUUUACCAAAGGACCCUCAAUAUAUGAGUUCCACUGUACCUUUUGGUUAUUCUCGAAUCUAUGGUACUGAAUAUGAAAUCGUUCAAAAUAUUUUUUCAGGAAAGCAUGAUCACAAUGCUCCUUGUGCAGUAUGUUAUACAUCUACUAAGAGUGUUAAACUGAUGAUUCCUGCUAGAACCAGCUGUCCUUCAUCAUGGACUAUCGAAUAUAAAGGAUAUCUGAUGACUGAAUAUUACGGGGUCUUAACCAAAAAUAAUAAAGUCUAUGAGUGUGUUGAUGAAUAUCCUGAAUCUAUUGAUGGCAGUGGUGCUAGCACUAAUGGUGCUCUGUUCUACUUCACAGCAACAGUCUGUAAUGGUCUACCUUGUCCACCUUAUGUUGACAAAAGAGCUAUUACUUGUGUUGUGUGUACUAAGUAACAAU